GUCCGGUUCCGGGCGGGCGCUGCGGGAGCGGCGGUUCUGGAAGGGCGGAGCGCGGGGGACGGGCCGGGGCUCCGCCGCCGCGGAGCGUCUGCCAGCGGCGCCCGGACAGAGACUUUGGAUUGCAGUUCUCUAACACAAAGUAAAACUGGCUGACACCAUCACCUGAACUCCGCGUGCUUGACAGAGAACUGUUAGAAUGGGAAAUAGUGCACUAAAAGCGCACCUGGAGACAGCACAGAAAACUGGUGUGUUUCAGCUAACAGGAAAGGGACUUACUGAGUUUCCUGAAGAUCUGCAGAAGCUAACAAGCAACUUAAGGACAAUAGACUUGUCGAACAACAAAAUAGAGCUCUUGCCACCUCUCAUUGGAAAAUUUUCCUUUUUGAAGAGCCUUGCUCUAAACAACAACAAACUGACUGCUUUACCUGAGGAGCUGUGUAAACUGAAAAAACUGGAAACACUACACUUGAAUGGCAAUCACUUGAGGCAGCUACCGGCUGCAUUUGGACAACUUUCAGCUCUCAAAACUCUGAGCCUUUCUGGCAACCAGCUUCGGACUGUGCCUACACAGCUCUCUGGUCUUCGCCAUUUGGAUGUGGUAGAUCUUUCAAAAAACCAGAUCCAAAAUGUCCCUGACACUGUGGGAGAACUGCAGGCUAUCGAACUCAAUUUGAAUCAGAAUCAGAUUUCCCAGAUCUCAGUGCAGAUCUCCCACUGUCCACGCCUCAAAGUCUUGCGUUUAGAAGAAAAUUGUCUAGAACUCAGCAUGCUGCCUCAGAGUAUCCUCAGUGAUUCCCAGAUCUCACUGCUUGCAGUAGAAGGCAACCUCUUUGAAAUCAAGAAACUCAGAGAACUGGAAGGUUAUGACAAGUACAUGGAACGAUUUACAGCUACAAAGAAGAAGUUUGCAUGAUCACUGUUCUGACUCUUGUACUACUAGUAAGAAGACUUAGACUAGAAGCAUCUGCUUCACUGAUUUGAAUCAAGACUGGUGAAGGAAAUUAUCAGAGUACUCCUCUUCUAGUAGUCUGAAACAGCCUGUUAGACCACAUUGAAUAAACUUGAACUAGAGAAUAUAGGUAUUGAACUGAUGAACCUACCCAGGGGCCAGUUUUGAUUUUUGUGCCACAAUAGCUUUUAACACAGUACAUGUUCUCCUUUGUCAGGGCUUGUUCUUUCACAGAGAAAGGGAACAAGCAUUUCAAAGUUGCCAGUUCCCUUUUGUCAGGAAGCUGGCUGUUGAUUUGUAAGAGGAUUAUUUCUUCUAGAAACAUUUUUCCAUGAUAGCACAUGGAAGUUCUACCACCAAAGCACUGUAUAUCUUGCAGUAAGCACUGUUCUGCAGAGAACUUUUACAAAUAAGGUUUUAGUUUAUAAGCUGUCUUAAGUUGAUUUUUUUAAUGAAGCACAAAUAGUUGUGGUUAAGUUAAAUGUUUUAUUAACAGCUUCCAGUAAACAAAUUGUGGUUUGAGCAUCCCUAAUUUAUAUUUUACUCUACAGGCUUUCUUUUCCCAUAAGCAAGAAUUGCACUACAGUCCACUUUUGCUUGAGCUGUAUCAAAUAAAAAUUAGGUUCAUCUUCUGUGUAUUCAGUAAAAAUGUAUAUUGCUAGAAAAUAUAUCCUUGCACUGACUCCUUGUGUACAGAGCAAUGCUGAAGGUUUCAGUCGUCAGCCCACUGCUGCUGCCUUAUUACCAAAAGCACCUAGAAAGAGCUAAAAAUGUAUGCAAUUAUGUAACUUAUACUGAAAAGGAAAAUGUACUUGUAUAUUUUAGUAAAUUAUUUUCAAAAAAUCAGUUCAAAUUUAUUUGGUGUAACUGUUGUCAUUUUAUUUAGUAGUACUAAGAUGUCACUGAAAGCCCUCACUUAGCUACUUGAGUCUGUCAGUUGUUGGUAACAGCUACACUUCAACAUUACACUCAUAAUUAUGAUUAGCAAUAAGUGAUUCUUUUGUGAGAUGCUCAGAGAGUAUUUAUUUCCCUGACCCUGCUGCCAUUUUAUUUCAAUUCUUACAUAGUAAUACCUAGAAGAAGAGUGUUUUAGGGAACAUCAGCUCCUUUUUCAACGGAUGGAUGUGAUUCAUCAUUUAACAGGCAACCAGUUGUACUUUAGACUUCCCAUUCCAGCUAUUACUUAAUAAAAAAACCUACUAGCAGAAGUAGCUGACAGCUGACCAUGUUUAUGAGACUACUUUGUUUUGCAUGGCAUAACCAGGGAAGUGCUUUAAGAACACUUAUGUCUUACCAAAAUGCAAGGCCCUGUAUAGUUAGAAAUGUAUUCAACUUCAUACUAAUAGAUUCCACAGAUUAGGACAUGCAAAUGGAGUUGUGAAUAAAGCCUCCACACUUGUUCUAAAUUUUAGCUCCUUCUACUUGAUACCUAAAUCCUAUUUGAAGUACUAGAUUUUUUUUUUCCUAUAGCUUUGCUAUGCAUGAGACAUCAAGAGAACAAAUUAGCAGUUAAGCAGAUUCCCCCUUUGCAUUCACCAAAGGAGUGGUCUAUCAUCAAUAUGUAUGCACUUGGCAAUACUGUGCUGCAGUGGCAUUUUGGUUCUGCACUUUAACUGACAGCAUCCGUGCUCAGUGAUGCUGCUUCUCUCAUUUAAUACGUGUUUAUCAGGGUUCUGCUAUUCAACAACAGUGUGUAAGAAGAGAUGGUAGAACAGAACCAUUGAAAACUGUGGAGUUAGCAUUGCUGUAAAAAAAAUACUAAAAUUGUGGGAAGAAUUUCAGUAAAUCAACAUUUGUUUUUUGUGAUCACUAGUACACUUAGUAACCUUUCAGUUACUCAUUGUUGGGCUCCUUUGCUGCCUUGCAGUUAUGACAGCUAUCAGAUUUUUUAGAGCAAAAUGGAGAAAGCACCACAUAAAAUACUGAUUGGAACCAAGUUAGUCCUAAUUAACUAAACUUGUUCCAGAACAGAGGAUGACUUGCUUCUGUUGCAAGGAAAAAAUAACUGGCUGAUGGCUUUCCUGUUUUAACUCACAGCAAUGAACUGUGACUAAGUCACAUAGUAGAAUGCUGUUCUAGGCAUUUCAGCACUCUAACCUAGUAGUAGUUUUAUAUUGGGACUUCCUGUUUUCCCUUCUCCUCAUCCCCACCCUGCAACAAGUGAAGCUAUAAACCAAUUUUAGUUCCGUGCACAAUUACACUUGCAGCUUUUUAAUUUUGGAAUUACUGAGGUAGAACAUUACCCCAGUUAACAAUAUAAACAAUUUAUGUAUUUUUUUCAGACCUACAUGCCUUGCUCUCUAAUUUUCCAUUGCAGUAGACACACAUUUCAUCCAUCUAUUCCAUCAGCAUUUAGACGCUGCAUUGCUUCCAGCACAGCAAAGGUGAAUUAGCAACUGCAGGUCAUUGUGUGCUGUGAACAGUGAGUUGUUUCACCCUAUAGCCUUCACAGAGGUGAGUUCUGCAAGUAGCUGUACAAGCAGCAUGUGCUGCUGUUCAUAAUACAGUUACUGCUCUGCUAAAAAGCUGUCUUUCAUCAAGGAGUAGACUAGCUUGAAUUUACCAAUUAUUCUCUUUAAAGUGUGGAAAGGGAAUGAAAUCUUGAAAUUGGAGGAGAGAGUUGAACAAACACUUGAGAAAGGGCAUAUGGUCAAUCAAAACUGAAAUUGAAAAAUCUAGAAAAUUUGAAAUGGAGUGACUACAACCAAUUGUACUGAGAUGAAAUUGGGUGUAAGGAAAUAGACCAAAAGUUGCCAAAAUGAUUGCCUUUGAAAUCACUAAAAUCAGGAAAGAAAGGGAAAGAAAGAGAAGAGAAACAGAAGAAUUCAUAUUGCAGGAAAAAAAACCCAACCUGACACCCAUGGGAUGUGUGUUGCCUCCUCGUAAUAGUUACAUAAGCAGGCUGUCCCUAGUUUCCUUUCCUGGUUACUGGUAUACUAAUGGUAUACUGGUUACUAAUAUAUUAGAUAAUAUAUUAGAAGUACUUCUUUCAAGCUCUUCCCAGGUAUGCUGGUGUCAGAACUCAGAACUGUUGCAAGUCAACAAAAGUGUCUAUUUCCCCCCCAUACCUCCUCCAGCUUAAGAGUGUUUUGGGAAUCUGAGGCUGUGGUAUGAGAGAAAAUACAAUUUAAUUGCUUCACAAAUGAAAUUUCUUUUGCAGUAGGUUAAAUCACUUCAUUUCAUCUAUUGGACUAAUUAUUUGCUAGGUAUCUGCUACCAAUACUUAACUAGAAAGUUUUAAGUUAUUCUACUUUGUUCCUUUGUCAUCCUCAAGUAUACUCCCAUGUAUGUGAGGGUCUUUCAAAGAAGAGAUGGACACAGUCCACAGUCUGCAUUUAGGAGAUGAUUAUGCAGGGAUCAAAACCAGAGUGUUAAAGACCACAAUAUUCCUCUCCUCCCAACCACACCUAUCCUUUUUUUAACACCGGGAUUUCUGUGAAAUAAAAAUAGAUUAGGAACUUCCUAGUUGCAUAAUAGCAACUAGUUCUGCCAAGUUUUUCAAGGACAGGAAACUAAACAAAGACAUUUCUAGAGAAAACAGUUUUAAAACACAUUCAGUUAUAAAAGUAUGUAUUCUUUGUGCACAAUAUAUAGUUUAACAAUCAAAAGCAGAAACUGUAAACCUUCAUUCUUAAUAGCAUUUAGACAUACAAAGAUGUACAAGUGUUGAUUUCAUACCAUAGAUAUGGAAAUUAAGCAUCUAUUCUACAGACAACAGUAAGACAUCCAAGAAGCAAACUGUUUUUGACUAACAUAAAGGCACCAACUCCCUCACAGAUUUGGCUCUUGCUGUAUCAGAAAAUGGUAUUGAUACUCAGAUAACACUCAAGAGUCUCAGAAAUUAUUUUUUGUGGUAUUCACUGCAAUAUUACACUUUUGAUAUACCAAUCACAGCAUUAUAUCAGCCAACGUGCUCAUUUAUUGUUAGAGAUUAGGCAAGUCACGGACAAGAACUUGCAACGGCAAGGGAGAAAAACAUUCCGAUGUUUGGAAUGUCCAAAUGCUACAGAGCAGGCUUGCACUGUGUAAGCAGAAUAAGGUAACCACUUCAGUCUUCUGUUCCAGGAGACAAUCAUAAUUAAAUAACAUACACUUUUGCUU